AUGAAACUGAAGAAGUCACCAAAACCAUUUCAAAUCAAAUUAGAAAGUAUUGCAGACGACUUCCUCACCGACCAUAUCCCAACGUUUUUCUGGCAAGUAGGUCGUUCUCUUUUGGAACAUCCAUGUGAAGGUAUAUUUCGUAUGACUGGAGAUGUCGCGCAAAUUUGCGACAUGAAAAAGAAAAUUAAUAAAAAGAUAGACAUCACAAAAGACAUGACAUACCCAGACCAAAUGUACUGCUUAGCCGGCGUCCUUUCUGGCUUUCUCAGAGAAAUGCCCAAACCAAUUUUGAACUACUCCGACAAAGCUAUUUUAGCCACGGUAUUCUCUCGUUUUAGGAAAGUUACAGACCUUCCACAAACAGUCAUUGCUGUGAAUUUGGCUCUCAGAAGAGUUGAACCACUUCGAAGACGCUAUCUUUUUUUCUUGUUAAAUUUAUACUACUCCAUCUCGAAGAAGAGUGAUGUCAACAAGAUGACAUUUUCCAAAAUUGGGAUUUGUGUUGCCCCAUCUUUCUUCUCGAGAGAAUUGACGUACAUCACAACAACCACUGAAUCAAUAGAUUCUCAAAUCGACAUCGUUACAAUGCUUAUCACAUUGUAUCCACUCAUCAGCCCAGAAUUCGAAGAGUCAAAAAACGUUAUAAAGCCCUGUUACAAUCUGACUGAAGAAGAAACACGGACAAUACUCAAAAACCCUGCAAAUUACAAUCUUGGGGACAUUCACUUAUGCCAAAAGCCGCUUAUCGCAACACCACACAAGAAGGCCUUUGCGGCGUCGAACUGA